AUGACAGCAUCUUCUAAUGAACUCCUUGAAUCAAGGACUGUUAGAUUUACUGAUUCCAUCAAGAAGUUGUUAAAUGGGCCAUUCGUCUUCUCACUUGGAUCUAAUACCAAUGUGACAUUAUCUUGUCGAGACCUCUCAGUUAUGAAAGAUCUUCAACAACGAGCCGAUCAAGUCAUACUCGACAUUGUUUAUCGAGUAUGCAAUUUGGAGUGUAAUAUUGCUUCAGAUGAUGGUGAUGAUCUCAUAUAUGAUCAAAAGCAAAGCCCACAUCCUUCACUAGCAUUGAUUUAUUUGCUAUUUAUUCAAUUACCCGAUGGUACUGAUAAUGACAAGUGUCUGUUUCAUCAUCUAUCAUAUGAAACAAAGAAACAUAUGCAUGAACUCUUGCUCAAUCAUAUCAAACAAUCAAAGGAGUUUGUUCACCACGAGAAGGAAUUAAUUCAAUUAAUUCUAUCAAACCAAUAUGGUAUUAUUAGAAUGAAUAACUAUGAUGCACACAUUAGAGACAAAUAUUUGGAUGUCAUAUAUGAUACUUUGGAUACUAUAUUUCGUGUCUAUAAGGACCCCAAUAUAUCCAAAAGUGUUUGUAGAGACAAACCCGUUUAUAUGUUUUUAUUGGUGCUCAAAGAGUAUAGUUUUCAAGAUCAAAGAGGUAAAGAAUUAAAAAGGAUGAUUUCACAAACAGUAUUCCUUGAACUUUCCGAUACUGAAUGGACCAAUCAAAUUUCUUGUGACUUUUUAAAAGAGUAUAUUAAAACUAUAUUCUUGGAUGCUUACAAUGAUGGUUAUUUCGUACCACAACAACCCAAUGACUAUAUGGAUGCGGAAGACUGGAAUAACCCACUCUUUUACGCCAAUGUCUUUGACUCGAAAAAGUAUAGUGACAUCAAAGUUAUAUCAGAAUCUUUAAAAGAGGAUAAUGAACUUGUUCAAUGUGAAUUAUUGGAAUUUAUUUACCAAUUCUGUAAUAUGCCUUACUAUAUUGAUAUGCUUAUCAAUAGUAUAGAGUUUCGAGAUAUCAUCAAAGAUGUUAUUAAUCACAUCAUCAAUCAAGCUUCACCAUAUCCUCGUUUAUUAUCCUCUCUAAUCAAGGUCUGUGAUCAAGAUUGUUAUAAUCACAAUCAAUUUGCAUCCGAAAUGUUGAAAAAAUUAUUUCCUACAGAGCCUCUUUGGCAAGAAUGUAUUGUCAACCUCGCUCUAAAGUCGGUUCAAUCAAAUCAUAGGGAGGUUAUAGAUUCUGCUAUAUCUUUUGUAUACACAUUCACAUACCAUCACAUUCCUCAAUUUACAAGUUUAAAAGCAUUAUCAACAGCGAUCAUUGGGUUAUUGGAUUGUUUUCAAAAUGACGAUAAAAUUUUAAGAACAGUGGAAUACAAAGGAAUACACCACCAAGAAUCUACUCUACUAUUUCAACAAAUACUCGAUUCAUUGGCUAAGGCAAUGCCCUCUAAUCUAUCUCGAACUAAUCCAGAUGUACUAGAGCUUCUCAGAUACCAUUUGGCUGCGGCCACUAAAAUGGUCGAACAAAUAAUACUUGGAGAAGGAAACAUUACAACCGAUCAAAUAUUACAAAUCAUCGAUUUGAUAGUACAAGCACAACAUUAUACUAUUAACACAUAUAGUGAAUUUCGCUGGAGCUGGGAUGAAUUGCCAGAGAUUGAUAUUUUGGUAAAGACACUAGUUUCAAUGGACGAUCAAUGGAACACAAUUGAAAUGAUAUCAUUCCAUGUGAUUGAUAUGGUUGUCGAUUGGAUCAAUCGAUAUCUGAGAUCAACAAAAAGUGACUUGCCUUCAAAAGUCGAGUUGGUCAUUGAUUUCUAUGAUCAACUAAAUAUUGUUCCACCAAGCAUUACAAUAUCACCAAGAAAGAAGAUAUCAUAUUCUGAAUGGAUUGAUAGAUUGAUAGUGGCACUUGAAAAGAACACGAGUUAUAGCCCAAGAGAUCUCACCGAGGAAUUAAAACAAAUAAAAGAAAAAAUAAAUAAAAAUAAAUAA